GAUCCAGCCUUAACUCAACUCGAGAUGAUACAUUCCAGCUUGGCCUAAUGAAAGCAAUGAACACGUUAACUGAAAAGGUUGGAAGUAUGGACACAGUUAUUGUCGAGAAGGUGUUGACUGCAGUAGACGCAUCUGUUGAUGAAAAAAUAAAUGGCAGGAUUGGUGAAGCUGAGCUGGUAUUUACAAAGAAAAUCUCCACUUUACAAGAAGAGAUUGCUCAACUUAGAGAGCAAAUGCAAGCUUCUGCCCCUAAAAAUGAUGCACACUACAAUGUGAACCAUGAAGAUGAAGUCAACAGCAACGACCCGUCAUGGAUGGUCCAAGACAAAGCAUCAUCACAAAUGAAUGGGGCAGUACAAUGUGUGAGUAGAAAGAAAGCCAAAAAAUCCGAGGUCAAGCUAAUAUCUCCUAAUCUACUUGACACUGGUGGUGAGAAGGUUGUUGGAACAACACAAGUAAAAAAACCAGCUAGAGGAUUGAAAAAUGUAAAGAAAGAGAAGGUUGAAGUUCCACAACUUAGGGAUUCUGGUGGAACAUGGUCUGAUUUAGAAGACAAGGAAAAAUAUGGUAAACUAGGUGCAAUGUUAGACCAGUUGGCGGCAUCAGUCUUCGAUGGACCUUUGCAAAAACGCAAGCCACAACUGACAAAGACUCAAGUGUAUCCAUAUGUAGGUAACUCAACUGUGAAGAGAAUCAUACCAGGUGAUUAUGUCUCUAAAGCCCACUAUGAUCCUUUAGCUAAAGUUGCUGAGAUAAAAUUCAAGAAACUACUGGAUUAUCUACGAAAUCUCUCUGGUGAUAACGAUGUAGACACUCAGUUCUAUAUGAAGCUAAUAACGCCAAGAAAUGACUGGAAAACAUAUAAUGAAGGGUGGAUAACAGAUUCUCAUAUGGCAUCUGCAAUGCUUAUGUUCCAUAAAAGAAAUAUGAGGAAGCCUUCACCAUACUGUUCAGAUAGGAAAGCUUUUCUUGAACACUGGUUUGUGAAGAUGUGGGUCAGAGACUACAAGAAUUACGAUCCUAAGACGUGGGAGUUCUCAGAAAUUUACAAGAAGGUCUUCAAUGGCAAUUACCCUUCUGAAUUUUCUAACAACAGAAAAUGGCUCAAGGAUGUGGAUACACUGUUUUUUUGCCACUUGAUAAAUGGUGACCACUGGGUCGCUUUAGAAGUGGAUCUUCAGAAGAAAAUAAUCCAUGUUUACGACAGCAUACUGACAGUUGUCCCAAAAAUCACGGAUCUUCAAGAAGAGUGUCGUCCUUUCACGAAGAUGAUUCCUUUACUUCUGAAUGAAAUGGUUCCAGGAAGGAAGAAGAGUACCCAGCAGUUCAGGAUUUUAAGGCUUAGUAAAAGUGUGCCUCAGAAUAAACUCCCUGGUGAUUGUGGUGUUUACGCUCUGAAGUAUAUAGAGUGUAAGGCGAUUGGCUGCGGUUUUGAAGGACUAUCUGACCAGUGCAUUCUGGCAAUGCGUAUUAAGUUAGCUGCUGAGAUCUAUGAUGAGGUUUCGGGUCUGUAA